AGCCGCUUUUAACAUGAUAGUGGCCAUUAGAAUUCAUCUUCCCACUCCCCAAAAAUACAUUAUGGCAAAAGGGUUCCCGCCGCCAUAGCUUUAUUGUUCCUGCAAAUCAUCUUUCUCUCUCUUCUCUGUCAUCCUAGAGGUAGGUUUUCAUUUUUUUCUUAAUCUUCUCUGUUGGACAAUCUUUUUAACGGGCAUAAACCAUAGACCAGUCAAGAAGAUGGAGGAACCACAGAACGGCGAUGCUAACUCGAUGGCGCCAGAUGGCGAGGAAGAGCCAAUGGUCGGACCUGGACCCGCGCCCCGUGCCCGUCCCAAGCGCCCGCUCCAGUUCGAGAAGGCUUAUCUGGAUUCGCUUCCAUCAGCUAAUAUGUAUGAGAAAAGUUAUAUGCAUAGAGAUGUGGUUACACAUGUGGCUGUCUCAGCAGCGGAUUUUUUCAUAACUGGAAGUAUUGAUGGACAUCUAAAAUUUUGGAAGAAAAAGGCUAUUGGGAUUGAGUUCGCAAAGCAUUUUAGAUCCCAUCUUGGCCCCAUUGAAGGUCUAGCGGUUAGCUCAGAUGGAUUGCUUUGCUGCACAAUUUCUAAUGAUCAUUCAGUGAAGAUAUAUGAUGUGGUUAACUAUGACAUGAUGGUCAUGCUUCGUGUUCCAUUUGUGCCUGGCACUGUUGAGUGGGUCUACAAGCAAGGAGAAGUUAAAGCUAAGCUUGCCAUUAGUGAUAGAAAUUCCUCGUUUGUGCAUAUAUAUGAUGCUAGAGCUGGUUCAAAUGAACCUAUCAACUCUAAAGAGGUACACUUGGGACCGGUAAAAGUUGUGAAAUAUAAUCCAGUAUUUGACACAGUGAUAUCUGUUGACACAAAGGGAAUCAUUGAGUAUUGGAGUCCAACAACACUCCAAUUCCCAGAGAGCGAGUAAGUGCUUAUUUAUGUAUGAUUUUGACCUAAAUUUCUACCAGUGACAUUUGCAGACAACUCAUUUAUCCAAUUGCCAAAAUGUCAUUUUCUUUUUGUUUUUAUUUCAUUUAUUUUUCAGCUGU